CUUGUUUGUCCGAGUGAACACGGUCAAAAUAUACCCCAGGCACGUCACGCAUCCUUUGCCAGAGCCAAUGGCAGGUCGGGUAGAUCUGGCCGGGUUGUAGCUAUUUAUAGAAACAGGCAGACGACAAUACAGCAUUCCGAGAGCGACCGACGACCGGGUGACAACUGGUUUUAAAGUUUCUGCUCAACGCUUAAUGAAAAGAGAUUCGUUCUGACUGAAAAGUUGACUGUGGUGAUAUCUUAUUGACAAUUAUUUGAUAAUUUGAUACUUGGAUGUUGAUGACGCGGCUGUUAAUGCGUGGUUUGACUUUAACAGACGUCUGUUGGUGAAGUUUAUAAAAGCAGACGACAGCGUCAGCCACAACUUGACUCAUUCAAGCAAAAAAGUUUCCAGAAGAUUCUUUAACUGAUCAGGAGUGGAGAUCACUUCGAAUUGGCGACAGACGGUCAAAGAACAGACGAGUAGAAGUGUGAAGAACAAUGGCGAACGGAUCUGUGAUCAUCUGUGUCCUGUGUUCGCUGCUGUUCGCGUGUGUUCACACUGCGUCCGUGAACACCACACAAGGAACGGACAGCCCAUCCUCCCCCCGACUGAGGCGCAGCGACCGCGAGUACUGGACGGAGUGGUACGACGUGGACAACCCAGUGAGCGGCGACGGCGACUACGAAACGGUUGAGUCCAUCACGAGGGCUCUGAGCCGAAACAUCUGCCCUUCAACUCACAGCAUCGCCAGAGCUGACUGCGCUGUCGACAACGACGACGUCGACGACCCCCCAAGGGAAGAUAAUCUGGCAUUGCCUUGCUCCACUGCGGGUCUAGCGUGCCGGAAUAAGGACCAGGCUGCAGGAAUAUGCAACAACUAUAGAGUCCGAUUCUUCUGCCAACCACGGAAGGGCGCCCACGCGCAAGAACACACGACCCCGGAUAAGGGAGAGGAAAGGAAUGAUACAAGCAGUGCCCCCCGCUUUGACAUGCGCAUUUACAUCAUCCUCGCAGCCAUUCCGAUCGUCAUCUUCCUGUUCCGCCUUUGCUGGUCAUGUACAUUCGAGAAACGGCGUCGCCGGAACAGGCGCCCCACUCGUCCUCGGCGACGCCCAGCUACGGACGAAGAGGCGGCUCACCCAGAAGUGUUUCUACCUCCGCCGAGCUACCAAGAACUAUUUGGAUUGAAUGGAGGGCCUUUCUUGUUAUCCCGACAUUAUUCCUUGUGUAGAAAGUGCAAAUCAUCUCAAUGUGGUAUUUUUAGAGACAGACAUUUGACAAAUCCUGACACUGAAACCUCUAAUGAUUCUCUUUCUGCUUCAUCUGAACACGAGGCGGAUGUCAUGGUAACCAUGGAAACCACGUCUUUAUCCGAGGGAUCUCCGUCAUCUUCCAGAUCGAACUCUCUCAGUGAAAGCAAUUCUUCCGAAAGUAGCGCCUCUACAACGAACACAGACCUCGAGCCAGGCGAUUCCUCCAGCACUCAACCAGUUCAACCCUCUCAGUGUGACUGCCCUUGCCACAAACAAGCACCGGAAGUCAGUGUAUAUGACAAUCCCGCAUAUGAACCGGAAGUAGAGAUACACAAUGGCCGAUCACCAAGGAUACCAGGGAUGCAUUUGCCAGUGUUUGCUUUGUUCCGGUCAGCAUCUGCGGCCUCCCUGGACGAAGCCCCGCCUCCGACUUACAAAGAAGCUUUGAAAAUAUUGAAAAAGAACAAAAAAGGAAAUCCUUAGACACUUUUGUUUGUGCAUUUGAAACCUAUGAGUGUUUCAACCUCGUAUCCAUAUUCAGGGCUGGUCCUUGAAAGUAACAUUUAAUAUUUUGACUACCAAAUAUGGUCAAAUAUGGACCCUUCCGAGAAAUCCCAACCUAUACCAAAGGGAGAUAACUAUUUAUAUGGACAGCUCACUGUGUAAUAUUAUAUUAUUGAACUGUAUGUAUAUGUCUGUUAUAUAAUUGAUAUUAUGUUUGUGAUAUGAGAGUUGCUCAACUGUAUGUAUACUUUGGACUGUAACCAGACAACCCUCCAUGCAAACUCACAGAUCACCCGUUAAGAUCCGGGGUAGAAAAGGUCUUCAGCAACACAUGCUUGCUGUAAAAGGCGACUAUGCUUGUCGUAAGAGGCGACUAACGGGAUCGGGUGGUCAGGCUCGCUGACUUGGUUGAUG